AUGGAAAUUAUCCAUCAUCUACCGGAAGAUAUCAGAAGCAAGAUCGCCGCAUACUUGACGGACGAAGGCAUGCCAGUCAUACUGUCUGCGCCGACAGUUGUAUCUGACCAGACAUGUCUCAAUAGACUCACCGCACGGGACGUGCUAGCGAAUAUGGUCACUGAUGGCCGCAAACACCAUCUCAACUGGAAAUACAUGGGCUACAUGACACACCACGUCGUAAAGACCUGGUUCCGCGUUAAUCACUUCUUUGUCUUCGACUCUGUGGUGUUGGAUACUUUCUUCCGCGACAUCUGGCUCGGCGACCAGGUCUUCCCCAGCAUCGUACCCGCAGAGCACUUGCGUUGUCUGAACGUGGUGUUGCGGGGUGAUAUGAAAGACUACGAGCCUCAGAAACGUGAAUGUACGGGGAGGAAUCUAUGUAUUAGGCCUAUGAGGCCGGCGGAGGUGUUUAGCGAGCAUCUCGAGCUUGUGCUUAAGAUGAAGAAGCUCCGCAGUUUUAGACUGCAUGUCAUUAUCGACGCUGAGGAGUUGGAGCGGGUUGAGGAGAUCCUGAGCGCGGUGAGGGGCGUGAGGGCGAGACUGAUGAGUAAGAGUGUGAGGGUAAGUUUUACUUGGCGAGGCGAGGAGCUCGAUGGGUAUUUCAGGGAACUGCAAAAGAUUGGGGUGUGA